AUGGAUGGACAGCUGUCCAGCGACGCCGUGGUCGUCCUGCGCGUGGUGGAGCGGGACCUCUUCAACCAGAUCGCGCGCGAGGUGGUGACCCGGCUCAGGCGGGAAGGCGCGGGCCUACGCGGCGAGCGCCGGGCCGUAGGGCCUGCUGAGAUCCGCGCCGCGCUCGGGUCGCUCCUGUCCCUGAGAGCUGCGCCUCGUACCCGCACGUCCUCCUUCCUGUUGCAAAUGAAAGCCAGGAACACGAGACCUGAGAUUGUGCAUCCAGCUAAUGAGACGUUGGAAGUGGUCUUGGGAUCCUGGCUCCAAUUAAUCUGCAAUGUUACCGGCCAAUCAAGAAACUUUGUCUACUGGAGGUGGAAUGGGUCAGCAAUUAAGGAAUAUGAGCCUGUGAUGAUGGAAGAGUUUACAUAUGUGCAGAAUCCUGUAAACAGGAGAAGGAGUACAAUCAUUGCACAGCUUAAUAUUAUAGUAGUGGAAAGUAAAUUUUUGCUACAUCCAUUUAUCUGUUUAACCAAGAAUGCAGAAGGAAAGAGUACAGCAUAUAUCCAGUUAAUACAUCCAGUCCCUGAUUUCCAGACGCCCACGAUUGGUAUAUUUGUCAUGUUAACCUUGGUAAUUACAUGCUCUGUUUUCAUCUAUAAAGUCUUCAAGGUUGACAUUGUGCUUUGGUACAGAGAUUCUUUCUAUGGUUUUCUCCGGAGAAAAGCUUCAGAUAGAAAGACAUAUGAUGCAUACAUACUGUGUCCAACGACCCCUGGGGAAGGGUCCACCUCUAACUCAGAUAUUUUUGUGUUUAAAGUCUUGCCUGAGGUCUUAGAAAAACAGUGUGGAUAUAAACUGUUCAUCUGUGGCAGAGAUGACUUCGUUGGGGAAAGCAUUGUUGAGGUUGCUAAUGAAAACAUAAAGAAAAGCAGAAGACUGAUUAUCAUUUUGGUCCAAGAAGUAUCGGGAUUUAGAUGGCUGGGGAAUUCAUCUGAAGAGCAGAUAGCCAUGUACAAUGCUCUCAUUCAGGAAGGAAUUAAAGUUGUCCUGCUGGAGCUGGAGAAAAUCCCAGACUAUGAGAAAAUGCCAGAAUCCAUUAAAUUCAUUAAGCAGAAACAGGGGGCCAUACGCUGGUCAGGGGACAUUAGAGUGGGGUCGCAGUCUACAAACUCAAGGUUCUGGAAGAAGGUCAGGUACCACAUGCCGGUCCAGCGCCAGCCACCUUCAGCCAAGGACCAGCUGCUGUCCCCAGCCACUCAGCCGGACUCCAAGGAAAAACAGCCACUGGAGAUCCAUGUGCCUCUUGGGUAGUGGAGAAGCUCGGCGGAGAGUUCUUUGGUGACUCCUGUCUUUGGGUAUUGCAGGCUGGGCUGGGCCUCACUGACUUGUACAGUCAUACCACACACCUGUAUAGUCCCUUAUCCCUGAGGUCACCUAGAAUCAGAUUGUUAAGGGAGCAGGAUGUGGUGACAGUUGCCCUGUGGCCAGGGCAACUCAGAGCAGAGGGCUUGGGAAGUCCUUUAACAAGGCAACAGAUGCCAUCUGAAUGUUUGAACUGCUGAGAAAAGGCACUAGGCCAGCAGACGAGGAGUGAACAUGCAGGAACUAUUCACCAUCUAUAGGUGGCUUUAGAAAGUCACCCAUAGUCUGAGGGUAGGGCUGUGGCCCAGUCUGGGGACAGCAGGGUCACUGGUCCUUGAGUGGUUCUCCUGGACAUUGAUGCAGGCACAAUGCGACCCAUACUUCCCAGAGAAAUUAGAAGCAUUCUUGGAGAACUUUCCAUUUGCCUUGCAUUUCCCAUACCCCUUAACACAGUCACUUUCCAAAGACAAUUUCCUUUCACAGACCAUUAAAACUGUCAUUUCAAUGAACAAAGGAAUUCUCCAGGAUUCAAAGGGUUUGAAAUAACCUUAGCUUUUUGUAGGAGAGAGAGGAUUUUGAGAACAAGAGUAGCAGAGAAUUGGACCACCUCUUAAUGCCUUCCCCCUGGAGUAACCAUUCGGUUCCACCUUAUUCUUCUGCAUUUUACUUGACUUGUCACUUCUUUGGACGUACAACUUCCAAGUCACCUCCUCCUUACACUCUGUCACACACACAGCCCACAGAUGAAGCAUCCUUCAUACAAUACUGCCCUAAUCUCAUCCUGCCCUUACUAGAACACCUUCAUGGGCUCCUCCUGAUUGAGGAGCUAAAGCCCACAUUCCCCUACUAGCAUCUCCCCACCACCCCACACAGCUGGGCCCCUCAGUUCUGCUGUGCGAAUC